ACUACGCCCCUGUCCAUGUGUAGUGGUUUGUAAACUAAACUAUUACAUUAUUUUUUACUUUUAACUUUUUUUCUUUUUUUUCUUUCUAAAGUACACUGUCAAAAAGAUUUAGAGAUUCAUGUUAAAACAGCACUUAAAAAAGUAUGGAUCCUAAUCGUGCUCCGCCUCACCACCGCAGUGAGCACUACUUUCUGAGGAGAGCGGAAUGAUCUGCGCUCCGUCCCUCAGUCUACGUAUGUACAGGAUCUGGAGGAUAAGGAAUGAGGAGACAAAGGCAAGCAGUGUUUGACAACGAGAGAAGAUCUUAAAGAAAAAACAAACUCUCCUUCAACGCCCAACAAAAACUACUUCCCAUGGCGUCCGAGCCUUGCUAGAAGCAGACGGGAGUGAAACACCGACCUGUAAUUGAUGGAAGACUCAAUCUAGCACGUGGCCCGGACUCAGUGUUGAGAAGUGAGCACUCUAUUUCUUGCCUGUCAACCUGCUCUACACAAUUCAACCGAGGUCCUGAUCACAACUCCAGCAGCCUGCUCCUCCUCCUCCUCCUCCCUUUGUAAGGGGUGGUGACCAAACUCUGGACAGCUUGCUACAGGGCCCUUCCUGAGCAGCAGCAGCUGUGUCCUGCUUGCUGACUCCCAUUCCUCCCCUGCUUCCUGUCCUUGUUGGUCAGACAAGGCUAAAGCCUCCUCUGCCACACCCCUUAUCUCUUUUGGCCUCAAAUACUCUAGCCUUCCACCCCUCCCAUGCCCACCCCCCACCCCCCAACCCCUCGUAGAUUGUCUUGUUUACCUCACUUUCACAAGGUUUAGGCUUCACUGUUGAGUUUAAACUUCGUGGUUGGGAACUUUGGACCCCAUUGGGCCCCCAAGAGUGAGUCCUCCUUUUCACCUGUAAUACAGCCUGCAACAUGACCUCAAUGUCCAGCCUCUUCUCCUUCACAAGCCCAGCAGUCAAGCGUCUGCUUGGUUGGAAGCAGGGAGACGAGGAAGAGAAAUGGGCAGAAAAAGCUGUGGAUGCCCUUGUGAAAAAGCUGAAGAAGAAGAAAGGAGCGAUGGAGGAUCUGGAGAAAGCUCUCAGCUGCCCCGGGCAGCCCAGCAAGUGUGUUACCAUUCCAAGAUCAUUGGAUGGCCGGCUACAGGUUUCCCAUCGGAAAGGUCUGCCUCAUGUAAUCUACUGCAGAGUAUGGCGCUGGCCAGACCUUCAGUCCCAUCAUGAGCUGAAGCCUCUGGAGGUGUGCGAUUACCCGUUUGGUUCCAAACAGAAGGAGGUCUGCAUAAACCCGUAUCACUACAAACGAGUCGAGAGUCCUGUGCUCCCUCCUGUCCUUGUACCACGGCACAGCGAGUUCAACCCCCAGCACAGCCUGCUUGUACAAUUCCGCAACCUCACCCACAAUGAGCCACACAUGCCACUCAACGCCACCUUUCCUGAGUCCUUCCAGCAGCCACACAGUGGGGGCGGCAGCACUAGCAGUGGAGGAGGAGGUGGGGGCAGUUCCUUCCCCAUCUCUCCUCUCUCUCCGUACCCUUCUUCACCCGCCAGCAGUGGUACUUAUCCAAACUCUCCUGCCAGCUCGGGGCCAUCCAGUCCAUUCCAGCUUCCAGCUGACACCCCGCCCCCUGCCUACAUGCCCCCUGAUGAGCAGCAGGGUCAGGAGAGCCAGUCCAUGGAAACAUCUAGCACCAUGGUUGCACAGACCAUCAACAGGGGAGAUGUCCAACCAGUGGAGUAUGAGGAGCCAAGCCACUGGUGCUCUAUUGUCUACUAUGAACUCAACAAUCGUGUAGGGGAGGCCUACCAUGCGUCUUCAACCAGUGUACUGGUGGAUGGCUUCACUGACCCUUCAAACAACAAAAAUCGCUUCUGCCUCGGACUGCUUUCCAACGUCAACCGCAACUCUACGAUUGAGAACACCCGGAGACACAUUGGCAAAGGAGUGCACCUGUACUACGUGGGAGGGGAGGUGUACGCAGAAUGCCUCAGUGACACCAGCAUUUUUGUGCAGAGCCGAAACUGUAAUUACCAUCAUGGCUUCCAUCCCACCACUGUCUGCAAGAUCCCCAGUGGAUGUAGCCUUAAGAUUUUCAACAACCAGGAGUUCGCUCAGCUGCUGGCUCAGUCGGUCAACCAUGGCUUUGAGGCUGUGUAUGAGCUCACCAAGAUGUGUACCAUUAGGAUGAGCUUUGUCAAGGGCUGGGGAGCGGAGUAUCAUAGACAGGACGUCACCAGCACCCCCUGCUGGAUAGAGGUGCACCUGCAUGGGCCGCUUCAAUGGCUGGACAAGGUGCUAACUCAAAUGGGUUCGCCUCUUAACCCCAUCUCCUCUGUGUCCUAAUGAUAGUCCCGUGGGAGCUUGGGAAAUCCUAUCUACAUGUUUUAACUUCCCUGUUCUUCCCCUCUGUGAUCUAUAAUUUAAUUUGUUCUUAAUGGCUGAACUGUUUACUCUUACCUUUGGGAAAGGAUUUUGAACUGUGGCUGGAAAAUGUAACAACAACAACAACAACAACAACAACAACCAGGGUAGACGGUGUCAUUUGUUCAGAGUCACAUCACAAGCGAAUACCGGAAAAAGGAGAAAAAAAAGGAAUGCUAAGCUGCAGUGAGAACGUAAACACAGAGCUGCUUGACAUUGCUCAAAGGAGAAUCGAGACCACCUUUUGUCGAGCUUAAACACAAGUCAGAAAAUAUUUUGCAUCGUUGUUUUCUCAAUGUUUUUAUUUCUUAGUAUGUGUAAUUGAUUUUGAAGCAGAAAUGACUCCACCUUGCGUCCCACAGACAGAUUGGAUUGUUACUGAAAGAAAUUUAAUCUAGGUCUCAAACAUUUACAACGUUAAGAAGCAGACACAUUUGUUAACCGGUAGCUUUAUUAUAAAAACAAACAAACAAACAAAGCUUUCUCCUUUUCGUCUGCUACUAAAACGAACCCCAGAGCCUCCCACUGUUAAAGAGAUGAGUAUGUCUGCUGAACUGAUGAUUUCAACGUGGGAGCUCCAUCACUGAAAUAGUUGAACAUACCGUCAGCUGACAACGUUAAAAGUUUUACAUCUAUUGUAAUAGAAGUAGUCAGUUUGACACGAUCUGACGACGGACAUCAUGAUUAGUUUUUAUUUGUUCUCACUCAUAUAAGAGUGACUAUUUUCCAUGCGUAUUGUAUUAACAGAAAUGUGCACUCAUGGUUUUUACAGAGACAUAUUUGAUUUUGGUGUGGUCAAGGUAACAUGUUCAUAGAAAAUUGACAUUAUUAGCUAAAUGAAAUAAAAAGGUUAUUCUGUAAUAAU